AUGCAAGUUCCUAUUGUGCGGAAACGAAAAGCUGGGAAGGCAUCUCAUGAAGCUCAAACGGGGCGAAUAGUUGAGCUAGAGGGACGACUGAAUGAUCUAGUGUCACGUUUACCUCUUCCACUCGGUGCCAAACAUACGAGUCCGGUCUUCACCCCUGAGUCCACCAAUACUCUAUCAAGUGGAUUGAGCACGUUUCCCAAUCAUCAAAAUCCAAGUGCCGAAGAAGCAGGAGAUACGCGACCAGAUCAUGGAGCCGGGUUUGGAUCAACAUCAAGUGCUUCUGAUCUACCACGCAGCACAUCAAAUGCCGAUGAUUUAUUGGAUGUAUUCCGCCAGAAACUUGCUCGACAGGUCCCUUUCAUCUUUGUUCCUAGGCAAAUGAGUGCUCUAACUCUCAAUCGGGAGAGACCGUUCCUCUAUCAAGCCAUCGUCACUGUAGCUUCAUAUCACGAUUCUGUACAUCAGAUCGAUUUAGGACACCAGUUCCUCAAGCAUCUAACGGAACAUCUCGUUUUGCAAGGGCACAAGAAUUUAGAUAUGCUACAAGGGCUUCUUGUGUAUAUCACAUGGUCUGUAAUCUUCCUGGUCGUGAUUGAGCUUGUGACUGAUUAUCCUGUAAUAUAUAGGUAUAAUGGGCUGUUUAAUGCCAGAUCACAGCUCACGACGCUUCUUGGUUUCGCUUUCACUCUCGUGAUUGACUUGCACUUGUACCUACCCAUGGCGAGGUUUGAGAAACACGAAAAGUUCUUGGAUGAGAUGAAAGGUGUUUUAACUUGUUGCAACCAUGUGGCUUGGGCUCGCAAAGCAGAGCCAUCCAGGGAAGAAAAGAGGACUCUUCUGGGAUGCUUUUAUCUCUUCGAAUGCGUCUCAGCAACUUUUUGCCGUUAUAAUCCCUUGCAGUGGACGUCAUAUAUCCAGGACUGCUACGAUGAUAUUUCAAACGCCCCUGAAAAUGAAAAUGAUUCCUAUCUUGGGCAGCUUUCAAUCUUACAACGAAUUUCGGAGGGCGUCAGACAGAGCGGUCUUCGAAGCUUUCCUUCGCAACCUCGAGUUUGGAAUGCAGCUACUGGAGUUCACUUCAAGUUGCUAUUAUCAGAAUUACAAAGGUUCAAAGGCUCCUUGCCAAAGAAUCUGCAGCAAGAUGCGAUCAUUCUUAUGCAUUACCAUGCCAUCGAGAUGUAUCUGUUUGAGAUUGGCUUCUACAUGCCCCCCACAACCCUAACCGAUACGCCUUCCCUCCAAAGAGCCGAAAUCCUACUCAUGUGCCACCAUGCCACUCGAGCUUUCUCAGACAUCUACUUUUCAAUCGAUUUUGACUCCACCCCCUUCAUAAAUUUCAGCCCAGUUUUUCUCUCGCAGAUCUACUUCGUCAUGAUGACGCUCUCGAAACUAUCACUAUUCGACGCCGACGACUGGGACGCCAGUAACGUCCAAACGACGCUAGAUCUCUCCACUGUAUUGGACCUCGCGGUCACGAUGACUGAAGCCGCGAGUGCUAGGUAUGACUUGAGGGAUGAUGAUAAGCCGUGGCUUCAGGUCACUCGCAGGAUGCGGCAGGUGAAGGUGAGGUUUGAGCAUCUGCUGGCAAAUGAGAAUCGUGAUCUUGCUGCUGCGGUAUCUGGUACACAGAUGCAAGGAGACGCCAUAAACAUGUCGAUGCCAUUGUUCUUGAACCAAUUUGAUCUGCUUGAUGACAGGUUUUGGCAAAAUGUGCCGAACGAAGACACGUUUAUAGCUUGA